AUGAGUUGGCUUUGUGAAUUAAUUGAACAAAACAGUCCUGAACCACGACAAAGACUUGAACUUAGUCAACAGUUUCUUGAUCAGCUUCAAGUUUAUCAUUUGCCGUCUGAUUCCACAUUACUGAAUGACUUUUGUGAUUUAGCACUACAGUGGCUCUCUGGUUCAAAUUACAAGGUAGCGCUUAAUGCCCUCGAAAUCCUUGACUUGGCAAUCCGAGUUUCUGGCGAUGUACUUGCACCAUAUUUGAUCGAAAGGACUCCUGCCUUAGUAGAGCGAUUGGGAGAUGCAAAACAGAGCGUUCGAGAUUCUGCAGUACAGCUCUUGACAAAUUUCGCAAAUGCACCGCAUUCCAAUGUUCAAAUUGUGUUUGAAAAAGUGGCGUUGGGUUUGACUCAUCGACAAUGGUUGGUCAAAAUUGGUGCUAUGCAAGUGCUCAAAAGUAUUCUGGAGGAGAACAAAAUUUUCGUAGAGGUCCAAGUAAAUAGGAUAACUCCAACCUUAUGCAAAUUAAUGAGCGACCCAAAUGGCGAAGUUCGUGAAGCAGCAACAAAUACGUUGGUUUAUAUUUUCUGUCAGUAUGGUGAGCACAUGACUCUCAGUAUCAGACAGCGACAGCUAAUACCAGAGCAGAAGUAA